UCAAUGUCACUGUCACGUGUCACGUGUUUGUUGUUUAUAUACCACUAUAGCACAGUGACUGCAAAAUAUGAAUUAUCCCUUUUAAAUAUUAUUUUAUGUAAUUUACGAAAAACAUAAUAAUACGAUUACACAUUUAAUUGUGGUUUAUAAGACAGCAAACAACUGUUAUUUAUUGAGAUUUUAAAUAGCACACUAUAACCUUACUAUAACUGACUGUACCACUCGUAAUGACGACGAAUGGUACUACGGAUAAUGUGGUUUGUUAAAAAUCUUAGGCAGUGUGAAAAAAACAGCAAUUUAAUUAAACGUUGGAAAUGGGAUAUAUCACAAAUCAUAACCAGCCAAGUACAGGGUCAGGCCAAGUAUGCUGUGAUUAUAUUGAAUCGGCCUCUAAAGCUAAAGAAAAGCUUUUUAACAAGUUUGUGGAAUAAUGCAUCAGUAAGAGUCACUGUUGAUGGUGGAACCUUACGAUGGAACACAUUUCUAAAGGAAUUACCUGAAAAUGACAGAAGCUCAAUGAAACUUCCUGAUUUAAUUACUGGAGAUUUCGAUUCAAUUAGCCAGGAGAUCCUAAAGAUAUAUGAAGCAAAAAGUUGUAAGGUAAUACACACACCUGAUCAAAACCAUACAGAUUUUACCAAAGCUUUAAUGGAAUUAAACAAGUGGUGCAAAUCAAAUAGUUUUGAAAUUGAUCAUGCAAUUGCAAUUAGUCAAAGUUCAGGGCGAUUAGAUCAAAUUAUGGGAAAUAUACAAACUUUAUUUCUAGUUAAGGACAAGGCAUUGUUAGACUCGAAAACAAAGGCUUACAUAGUCAGUGACGAUGCAGUUUCAUGGCUGCUGCAACCAGGAGACCAUAUCAUAACUGUACCAAAGCAGAUUGGAGUAGGAAAAAAAGUUUGGUGCUCUUUGGUACCUAUUGGAGAAACUUGUUCACAAAUAACUACAACUGGACUAAAGUGGAAUUUAGACAAUCAGCCAUUAAAAUUUGGAGAUAUAGUGAGUACAUCAAACACAUUUGAUGGAUCAGAAAAUGUAACAAUAAAAUGCACAAACACUGUUUUAUGGUCAAUGAAAGUUCCUGACUUAAUAGAUUCAUGAGUUGUCCUGUCUAACUUCGAAUUAAGUUUUUAUUGGAAUUUCAUCUCAUAGUGAGCAGGUUGACAUAAUUUUCGUUUUUUAAUAUGGGUUAUAUUGUAAACAGUUUUAUUGUGGAAUUAUUUAAUUACGAAUAGAGGUUCGACACCCGAUGGGCUUGUACUUAGGUUUAUGGAUAUUUGAAGAAUGAAGUGUGUAUUGAAUAAAACGAUCCUACUAAUAUUAUAAAUGUGAAAGUUUGUGUGUUUGUUACUCAAUCACGCAAAAACUACUGAACGGAUUUCGAUGAAAGGAGAUUGCUCAAAUUGGCCUAAAUACACAAAAAAUAUUGACAUACACGGUAAUUCUUGGCGUAAUUUAUAAUUUAAUUUACAGUCAUUAGAUUUCAACGGACACCUUUGUAUAAUAUAUUUACUUUAAAAAGGACUUUUAGUUUUACCGGUUUGGAAAACAUACGAAUCAUUUUUAAUGGCUAUGGGUGUAGUAACAUUCAGCCAAAGACUGAUCGAAGUUGUUUAUAUAACAUAAAAACAAAUCUAUUUUGUAAAGAUCGAUAAAAUAAAUCAUUUUUUUUAUUACACUGUGGUAUUAAUAUCCAUAACUAUAUUAUCAUUUUAUAUUACAAUUAUUAUAGAUGGUAGGCGACAUCAUAAAGUCUAUUGCCAUACAUUUUUCGCCAAACACCUCCAUAAACACAUUAUAAUCUGUAUAUAUGUUAGACUUUAAGGUAUCUAUCUAUGGGGCUACGUUCCUGACUAUAAAUUAAUAAAUAAAUAAAAUUAUAAGGUGUGAUACACUAAACAUCUAAAAUAUGGUUAUCUUAAAAACUUAACAAAAAUAAUGAAGCUACUGAAUAUAUGGCUAUAGAACCUAAAUCUCUUCUAGCUUUCUUUGGUUAACGAGAGUUUAAAAAUUCUCUCUAAUCUGUGGCUCAUUCACAAUCAUCACACAGUUUCUGUCACAGAGUACCUUAUUAUAACCGGAAAUGACACCUGAUUUUAAAAGUUACUCUUAUGCAUUAACUUUAAAAACAGACAGCUAUCUGUUAAUCUACAUGCUCUAUAUACCUGAAUCUAAUCCAUAAUUUCGGUACUUGGCUUGAUUUCCCUAGUUUAUUAUAUAACUUAUUUGUUUUUUAUUAUUUUAACAUGUUCAGUGUAUAUGGUUUAUAGAAGUUCUCAGGGGUGUCCGUCAAUAAUAUUCGUUUCUACAGUAAUUUAUAUAUAAUUUCGAAUCUAGGAAACAAUUUUUCAUGAUUAUUGGUCUUUAGGCCAAACAUGUAUGGAAGCUGAGCAAUCUCCUUUGGUACGCGUAUAUAGUUUAUCACCUGCAUUGAGACAUAGGAUACUUUUUGUCCCGGAAAAAUGUGGGGUUCAAAAGAUAAAAUAAGGUCGAGGGCGGCCGCUUGAUUAUUCAUAUUUUUUACACAAGUUUAAGGCACUUUUCAUUUAUUUAUUUGUUUCUUAGGUUUUCACGCACACCAUUCAUUAAAUAAUACAAUUAAAAAUGCGUCUUCUUAUAACUUUUCGACGUUUCGCAUCCUUUUGAGAAAGAGAAAAAAAACAGCCCUUGCUGAGUUUCUUGCCGGUUCUUCUCAGUACAAGGUCUCCCGCCGUAGAUUUACGAACCGAUGGCGUAGCUUCUAGACAUUCAUGAGUGCUUGUAACAGCCUAAACUGAAUAAAUGAUAUUGAUUAUGAUUAUUAUGAUUUUCUUUUUUCAUAGAUAGCUCAAUAAAGUAAAUUAAAAAACAUAAUUCUGACGGCGCAGCCUGAAAAGGAUGCGAAAUGUCAAAAAAGGAAUAAAAAGACGCAGCUUGUUUUAUAUAAUUUAUUCAAUCAGUAUAUUUAUAUAAUAUUAUAUGCCGCUGCGUAAGACAAAAAGGUUGUGACGUAUUUCUAAU